CACUUUACGGAAGGAAAUAUAACGGGAGUGUUCACUACAACAACACCUGCUAUAUAGUCCUUCGUGGGUCCUUUUUAACUAAAUAAAAUCGAGUCUUCCAUUGCAUCACAAAAAGUUGUUCACUGUUGUUUUUGUUGAGAAGUAUUUUGGUAGUUCUUGCGUUUUUUUUAGUUUGUUUUUGUACUCGUAUGCCUUCCAAUGCGAAUAAGGAAUACACAUACAGCGAUGGAUGAUAAGCAAACGAUUGGGAAAAUGAGUAAAAAGCGGAAAAUUUCAUUUAAUUAUGCAGCGGCCAAGUUGUGUAAGACCCGAGUGAGGCCGCCAGUUGCCAGCGAAACGGUGAACGACAUUGCGUUAUUCUUGCUGGUGGUACUUGCCAUCAUUACGUCAACCAAAACAGAUGCUUCCAACUACUUUGACACUCAAGGGCCUAAUUUCUCGCAUGAACCGCCAUCGCGUAUUGAAUUCACCAACAACGCUGGCAGCAUUGCCGAUUGUAUAGCGCAUGGCAAUCCGCCACCGAAUGUCGAAUGGCUGGACAAGGAUAAUAAUCCCAUCACCUCAAUAUCAAAGGUCCGUCACAUACUCGCCAAUGGUUCGCUAUAUUUCCCACCAUUCGAAGCGGAAGAGUUCCGGCAAGAUGUACAUUGGUCAGUGUAUCAUUGUGUGGCCAGUAAUGCUGUGGGUACAAUCGUUUCCAGGGAUGUUGUUGUUAAAGCAGUUGUAAAUCAACGCUAUGAGCCGGAAGUGCAAAAUCCAGGCGGUUUUAUUGGCAGCAAUGUAUUGAUUAAGUGCAAUAUACCGUCGUUCGUAAAGGAGUAUGUAACGGUGACAUCAUGGCUACAGGAACCAAAUUUCAACAUAUAUCCUUCGCUGGAGGGAGAUGGCAAGAAUCAUAUGCUACCGACCGGCGAACUUCUGGUUUACAACAUCACACGCACCGAUGCGCAUAAAGUUUAUCGCUGCCGCACCCAUCACAAGCUAACGCAGGACUCUGUUGUAAGCAGCAAUAUGGGCAAAAUUCAAUUGACUGAAAUGCGUGAACUUGUGCCACCAAUUAUGAAUGAAAAGGCCACAAGUAUAGUGGCGCGCCUGGGCGAUCCUGUUGUUGUGCCAUGUGUGGCCUAUGCCAACCCGAAGCCAGUCUAUCGCUGGCAUACGAAACGUCCAAAUAACGAGGAAUCCAUACAACAUCUGCUGGCGACGGGACGCGCCAAAAUUAAAGAAGGCACUCUAAUUAUUACCGCAGUCGAUCGGUCCGAGAGUGGGGCGUUCUUCUGCACUGCCACCAACUCGGAGGGCAGCGAAACUUUGGAAGUACAAAUUGCUGUUACAUCGCAGCUCACUGCCAGCAUACAACCCACCAUACAGACAGUGAAUUUGGGGAAAACUGCAAAUUUGAUGUGCAGCAUUUCGGGAUUCCCAAAACAGAGCAUCAUUUGGCUGAAAGAUGGCCAACCACUGCGCUCCGGCGCGCGUGUUCGAUUGCUGUCCACAGAACAUAUUCGCAUUACGUCCAUUACCAAAGAGGACAAGGGCAUGUACCAGUGCAUUGUGAAGAAUGAUCUAGAAUCUGCGCAAGGUACCGCCGAACUACGACUUGGAGAGGUAGCACCGCAACUGAUUUACAAAUUCAUCGAACAAACUAUACAACCCGGCCCAUCAGUAUCGUUGAAAUGCAGCGCAAGUGGCAAUCCAACACCAAAAAUUGUCUGGCACUUAGACGGAUUUCCUCUACCAAAUAACGAUCGACUCAUGAUUGGCCAAUAUGUCACAAUGUUCGGCGAUGUUAUAAGCCAUGUUAAUAUAUCUGCGGUUAAAUCGGAGGAUGGCGGUGAAUAUGAGUGUAAGGCCAUUUCGCGGGCAGGUGAAGCAUCGCAUUCGGCGCGUUUAAACAUUUACGGUAUGCCAUACGUGCGCAUGAUGCCAAAACUAUCUGCAGUGGCGGGAAAGACAUUUUUUUUGAAAUGUCCCGUGGCAGGAUAUCCUAUCGACAGCAUCAUCAUAGAGAAAGAUGGCGUCAGAUUGCCCACAAAUAUAUGACAGCGUGUUCAGAACGGCACCCUGCUCAUCGAGAAUGUGCAACGUACCGCAGAUCAGGGUACCUAUACUUGCAUCGCCCGCAAUAAACACAACUACACAGCGCAACGUACUGUCGAGGUGAAAGUUUUGGUUCCCCCACGCAUUUCACCAUUCAGUUUCGAAGAGGAAAUCACCGAGGGUAUGCGCACCCAGCUUAUGUGCUCAAGUAGUCAGGGGGAUCAGCCGUUCAACAUAACAUGGCUAAAAGAUGGCACACCCAUAUUGGACAACGCUGUCCAACAAACACCCAUCGUUAAUAUAGCAAAUGAAUUGGGUGGUGGUCGUUCACAGAGCAGUGGCAUUGCCAGUGGCAACGGUGUUGGCGGUGGAAGAAGUUACAGUCCAACAGAUGGCUCGCUCACCAUCAACGAGUAUGCACCAUUUUCCAGUAUCAUCUCUAUACAUAAUGUGACAUCACGUCACAAUGGCAACUACACGUGUCGUGUCAGCAAUCGUGCGGGAUCCGUUGAGUAUACGGCGGUACUAUCCGUUUCGGUCCCACCACGUUGGAUACUUAAACCCACCGAUCAGGAUGCCAUACUCGGAAAUCCUGUAUCGAUUACAUGUAAAGCUGAUGGAUUUCCCAUACCCACGGUACAAUGGAAACAGUCGAUUGGCGACUCUGGCGAAUAUCGUGAACUUAGUUAUGGCAUAGGAAACGGCAACUCGCAAUCGGUAAUUGAAACAUAUAACAACGGUUCGCUGAUCAUCCCCAAAGUCGGACGUGAACACGAAGGCAGUUAUCUGUGUCAAGCGAGUAAUGGUAUUGGUGCAGGUUUGAGUACGCUUAUAAAACUAACUGUGCAUGUUGGCCCGUCAGUGACAGUUUCAAAGAAGCAAGUAUCCGUGCGCCGCGGUGAUCGUGUCACACUGCGCUGUGAAGCUGAUGGCGAUCAGCCGUUGAAUAUCACAUGGCGUGCCAAAGCCAAUCACAUUGAUCCAUCCUAUGAUAUACGCUAUCAUAUCAAAGAUUCACCGCUUAGUCGUGGCACGGUUUCGGAAAUGACAAUUCUUCAGACGAUUCUCAACGAUCGUGGCGAAUAUACUUGUGUUGCUACCAAUAAUUAUGGUCACGAUCGUGCAGGAAUUCAUCUACAGGUGCAGGAACCCCCGAAUUUCCCUGUUAAUCUGCAUGUGACCGAUUUAGGCAGUCGUUCGGUGACGCUGGCGUGGUCACCCAAUGAUCAAGAUUCCAUAUUCAUGAGUAAUGGAGGUAAUAAUCGGGACUCACAACCGAUAUCGAAUUAUAUUUUGCAGUACAAGAAAGCUGGAGAUGUCUGGCAUGAGCACAACAACCAAAAGUUGUUGCCCGGCGAUAAGACAACUGCCCAAAUAGGUUCGCUACGUCCCGCGCAGGCUUACCACUUCCGCCUCUAUGCCGAGAAUCACUUGGGCACAAGUGCCCCGAGUGACAUAUUACUCGUACAAACUGAUGCUGAAGUGCCAAGUGGUCGACCGCAGGACGUUUCAGCCGAACCGCUCGGGCCCCAACAACUGCUCAUCACUUGGAGGCCGCCAGAACGUGACACAUGGAAUGGUGAACUGUUGGGUUACACAAUUGCCUAUCAGCGGCAUGGCGCUGCGGAUAGUGUACAAAACUUCACAAAAGUCAGUAGUUUAGGUGGUGAGGGACUAAACGAUUUUCGACUUACGGGCUUGGAGAAAUACACUCAGUAUGCCAUAACCGUAUCUGCCUUUAAUGUGAAAGGCGAUGGUCCACGAAGUGAAGUGACUAUGGGUCAUACUUUAGAAGAUGUGCCAUCUGCGCCACCACAAGGCGUCACAUGCAUUGCUCUGACCGCACAAAAUAUACAAAUAUCCUGGCAAGCGCCACCCAAAGAGUCCAAUCAUGGCAUCAUACAAGGUUAUAAGCUACUCUACGAACCCGGCAACAUCGAAUCCGAGUAUGGCACACGCGAAACUAAGAUCACUUCUGCGCUGAGUACUGUACUCCAUGGCCUGCAACCCUUCACCAAUUAUAGCGUGCAAGUAUUGGCAUUUACCAGAGCUGGUGAAGGCGUGCUCAGUUCUACUGUAUCUUGCACCACAGAGGAGGCAGUACCAGAUGCACCUGAGCGCGUUAAGUCAGUCGUUAGCAGCGAAUCCUCGGUUAUAAUCAGCUGGUUGCCACCGCGCAGACCAAAUGGUAUUGUCACUAAAUACAAUGUUUACAUACGUAUACUGGAUAAGGGCCAAGAAUUGAAAAUUCUCAAAGAAGUGCUGCCAGCUAACAAUCGACACUUCGAAGCUAAAGAUUUGAUGGCGCGUGAAACUUACGAAGCUUGGGUUACUGCAGCGACACGUGUCGGGCAAGGACCCAGCACGCCAGUUAUUAAAUUGGUACCGAGUAAUUCGGUACCAGCGGCCAUAAUUUCAUUUAGUCAAACAUUGAGCAUCAGCUGGCGUGUGGAUCUUAAGUUGGCUUGUGUUUUCGUGGGCAACCCAAAACCCAAUCCUGAGUGGAAGGUUUUAAAUGCGCGAUCAAAAAAGCAUUUUCGCUUGGAGGUGAGCAAUGAUAAUACGUUAACUUUGCGUAAUAUACAGCGAUCGCAUGAGGGCAACUAUUCGUGUGUGGUGCGAAAUUCGAUUGGCUCGGACCAUAUUGUCUAUCAAGUAUAUGUACAAGUACCACCAUCUGCACCCGUCCUUUCCGUGAUCGGCAGCACCACCAAUUCCGUAUCGCUGCAGUGGCGUGUGGAAGACAUUGGUGGUGCCCCGCUGCGUGGUUUUACAAUGACUUACCGCAAGGAGUUCGGUGACUGGGAAGAGGUACAACUCGAUCGACGCGUUAACUCCCAUCUGAUUGAAAGUCUGGAUUGUGGCACACGAUACCAAUUUACAAUGGUAACUUUCAACAAAAUUGGCACCAGUGAAACAAGCGCCAUCGAGACGGCAAAAACAAAAGGCAAUAAACCCAUCUCGCCACACAAGCAAAGUCUUAUACGUUCAAAUAUAACAUCCGCAUUGUUGGAGCUAUCAUCUUGGCAAGAUGGUGGUUGUCCAAUACAGUAUUUCAGCAUUGAGUUUAGGCGCUAUGGCAUUUCCAGCGAUUGGAUCAUCGUCUCUAGUCGCAUAGAGACACACACACGCUAUACAAUUGGUGACUUGGAGCCUGGUGCUGCUUAUAAUUUGCGCGUUUCGGCACAUAACAACGCAGGAUCCACAAUUAAGGAAUACUAUUUUGAAACUUUACACUUCAAUGGUCUUUCUGCCGAACUGGAUCACAGCGACUUACCUGAGGUACGGACACUCUUCCGAGACGUACACCUGAUAGCGGUUAUUAUUACAUCUGUGUUCGGCACGAUCUUGGCUAUAAUUGGCGCUUGCAUUUGCUUCAAGAACUAUCCCCGCCAGCUAUUUGCACGGAAUGUCGACUCGAUGCGGCCACAUGGCGCUGACGGCAAGGAUAUCCAACAUCGCGAACAAUACUACGGUACGGUACGCAAAUCAUGCCAGCAAUCACCACCUGAAUCGGUUGCUGGGCUUGAACGCAUACCUGAAUACUCUGAAGAUAUCUAUCCUUACGCUACAUUCCAUUUACCAGAACAUGAAAAUCAAUCGGCUAACAUACCACUCAGCCGCAAAGGAGGCCUACCGGCUAUGUACGAUCCGCGCGGUGGCAGCGUCGGUGGCGGUGUCAUAGAUGACAACACACUCUCCAGCACCGGCGCCAAGGUGAAACGUUCUGUCUCAGCUGGUAUUGGCAGCAGCAACUCAAAUGCGAACUUAUCCGGUGGACCGGGUGCACCAUCGGGCGAGUGUAGUCAUACGAAUACUGAGAAACGGCAUAAACGACGCUCUAAAGCGAUAAAAUCCGAGUCAGAGGAGUACGAUAGCUUGAACAGCGACAGUGAUUUGAGUGGCGAACGCAUACGUGAGCGAGAACGCGAAGAAAGUCGUAGCGGCCGAGAAUCCUCGUCACAUCUGGACGAUGGUGGCUACAAUCCUCACGGCCAUAGUCCUUGCGGUGGUGGCAACGCAGGAGGCAAUAAGGAACGCCUUUCCGUAUUCAGUAGGCCUCAACUUCAUAGUAACAGCAUGGACCCCGUGCCCUUCGACUACCGGCUCUUUGACGCGCCAGCAAAACAACCGAAACCAACAAUUGCCUGUGGUGCACAGUCACAGUCGCAUCUCCACCACCACCACCAACGACAAACAUCAUCCACAUCAACUUCCACAUCCACAUCUACCCAAAAUUCAACCAACCAUACAAAUAUGUCCAGCGGUCUAUCCGGUGGCAAAGUACGAUCAAAAACUUCCGAUACUAAUUCCAACAGCGGCAGUAGUCUCCUCCUCGCUGGCGAGUACCAAUACUCAACUAACAGCGUCCCCGCCCCGCAUAUUGUCCAGUCGGGUUCAUAUGUCGAAAUUCUGAAGCACGCCACACCCCACUCCACAAAUAUGACCAAUAUUGCACAGCAACAACAACAUCAACAACCCGCAGCAACACAAGCGCCGAACACUAAACGUGGCGGAUCAAGUGGCGGCGCUGGUGCAAAUGCCGUCAUAGGUGGUGCAGCGCUAGCUUGUCACAAUAAAAGCUAUGGUGACUUUCUAACCAUUACACCACGUCGCAAAGGCAAAUUGCUUUCGUCCAGCUAUGGUGACAAGCAUGGUGGUGUUGGUGGCGCACUCGAUGGCAGCAAUCAAGACAACUAUCGCCAUCAUCUACCCACCAGCAUUGAGCCGCUACAUCUACUAGGCAUACCCAACGACAACAUGUCCACUUUCUUCGACUAUCGCGCCAUGGAGACGCUGAGCAAUGCCGAUACGCUAGCUAUAGGCAGCAGCCUCUCGGGUCAUGCACACAUCAAGGGCAAGGCAUACGACAGCAGCAUAUCAUCGUGUUUGAACGCGAACAACUAUGGAGAGUCCACGCAGAGCAGCAGCAGCAGCACAGCCAUUGCUGAUGAAUUCCACAAUAUAAUCAGCGAGAAAAAUCUAAGUCCACCUUCAGCGUUCAGUGAUAACAACAGCUGUCUACCAAAGAGUAAAGUCUAAUUUCUUUGGGCGGCGAUAAGUCAAGCAGUCAAUGAAGAUCAUAUCAAAAGCAUUCAAUAACGUAAUCGAAGAACUGAAGAAUUCUGCAUAUCAAGCAUAAAGAAUUAAAUAUAGAGUGGCGUUGUAGUUAGACACUGGGAUUGCGCCGCACAGUGGUCGGAGAAGCCAUGUUUUACGCGCGAAAUUAGAAGGGCUGCUAUGAUUAUAAAAAAAAAACUACUUGAUCGUAGUAUUGUUGUACUGCUUAAUCCGAAUAUGCCAUAAAAUUUAUGGUUUGACGUUUGAGAGCUUUCAAAUCAACUGUCAAUUUCUCUAAAAUUAAGCAUAUCUUUUUGAAAAUACCACUGAUUACGUUUUUUGACAUGCUGAUCACGAAUUUUAUGUCAAAUUAAACCCCUGACAGUUGACAGCUGUCAAAUGAACUAUGAAUGUUACUAAAAAUAAUAGAAUAUUUUUAGAAAUGUCACUGAAUAGGUUUUUAGACAUGCUGAUAAGGAAUUGCGUGUCAAGUUAAAAUCCUCAGAGUUUACAACUGUCGAAGGGGCUGUCAAUUUCUCUAGAAAUAAGGAAAAUUUCCCACAAAUUAAACGUACUAUGUUUUAAGGCUCACUCAUCUCGAGUUAUGUAUCACAUGAACACUUUUUCAAUUGACAACUGUCAAAUCAACUGUUAUUUUCAGUUAAGUAACACAAUAGAUAUUUUUUUUAGCAAAAUCGUAGUGAGCAAACUUAAGAACCUCUAAAUACCAAAUUUCAAGAAAAUUCAGUAAUUUUUUAAUUCUUGGACGCCAUAUUGGAUUCGUUAUUGGAUUUUUUAAAAUUUACUUCAGCUUUGUGAAGACACAUCUUAUAAAUAAUAUGAUGCCAAAUAUAGAAUAAAUUACAUUAAUCUUUAAUAUUUUAAUACACUUAAUGUUAUUUGGAAAAACUGCUAAAGUUGGUCCAGUGAAAUAAAAAUUAACGCCACUCUUUUUGGCGCGAGUAUGCGCGAUCUUUCUUUUCGCAGAUCCUUAAAGGGACCUUUGCAUUUUUUUUUGUUAAAGGAAUGAAGAUCUUACUCGGUCCUACAAAUUAGUUACAUCUUUCUGAAGAAAAUAUUGCUAGAAAAAUAAGCCGUGUUGAUAAUUUAGCAACCAAGUUUUAUUAUGUAAUGUUUUAUAUGAAAUUAUUAUUUUCCAUGUUUAAGAACUAAGACCAAACCAGCAAUUACGGUUAUAAUUGAAUGUUUCCAUAAAAAAAUUUUUGAGAAAGCUAUCAACUCAUAACUGUUAGAAUGCGCCACGAUCGAAUUCGUUGAACUAACCGGUUUUGAGUUCGUUGGACAUUUCUGAAUAAGAAUACAUAGCUUUAUUCCGGUUAAUUUACCACAGUUUUAAAAUAUGCCUUUUUCGCGUAAAAUAUGGUUUCUCCGACCACUGUGCGCCGAUUUAAUGCAUAGAAAAAAAUGGGAAAGGAGUCAACUAAAUAAGCGAAAAGAAAUUUAAGACUUUAUUGAAGCAUUUAAAACAGCGGAAAUAUAAUCUUGAAAAUUACAACAACAACAAAAAAACUAACAAAUUUUGUGCAUAACUAUUUAAGUCAAAUUACAAGUACAUAUGUGAGGAUAUGGGUACAUAUAUUUAAAAUUAAAUGACUGGUGUGAUUUUACAUGAAAUUCACAAAAAAAAAUCCAACAAAAAAGCGUUAUUGCAGUAGUAGUCUUGCGUAGACCAUUUAAACCACAAAUUAAACUAGUGUAGAUACUAAAAAUAUAUAUGUAAAUGGUUAUGUUUGUAUGUACUACUUAGACUAUCUAUUUAAAUUUAUAACAAAUACUCAUUGCACUUAACGUAAGUAACGCAUAGUUAAAUUAAUUAGGUGUAAAAGUUAAACAUUUUUUUCGUUAUGGAAUGGUCCCAAGGCACUUGGAAAGUAACUGAAGAUAAGUGAGAAACCGGUGUAGGAAUAUCAUAUGAAAAAAACUUCAAUGAAGUAUUUGAACUUAUUUGCAUUUAAUUAGAUAAAUCGGCAAAAAUGUAUGUAUGUAUUUGUACAAUUUUCAACAUAUGGGAGGCAAUAAAACUCUGCCUAACAACAGCCCUAAAUGCUAUCCUCAACCUAUCGACCUUCACCUGAAAGAAGUGGCUACGAAAUCAGCGGUCAGACUCAGAAUGUUAAACCCUUGGGGGGCCAGGUACUUUAAAAAUAGUUUGAUCAUUGACAAAAUACAAUUAGGAAGAGCGACAGAUCAUAUGAGAGGCCGUGUAGACCAGUGUUGCCAGGUCUUCGGCAUGAAAAAAAACUUGGUCUGAAUAAAACGUCAUUUCUUACCCAAAAAACAUCUUUUCCAAAUGUAUGCACACAGAAUUGUUAUUAUUAAACUUUUAUUGUAUACAAAGGUACAUACAUAAACAGUACGUAAGGUAUAUUAAAAUGUCAUUUCGACACAUCACAUAGUAUCGAAUUCAUUAUAAUUGAUCAAUAUGGUGAAUACCACUAUUGUAAACUGGUUUGAGAUCGUUAAUAUAAAAAUCAUUUUAUACAUACACUUGUGAUUGUGUGCUGAUUAUGUCAUAAACAUUUUGAUCGAUUUUGGUUCUUUUUCUUUUGUUUAUUUAAUGUUUAUUAUUUUUCCGUAAAAGCCUAGC